AUGAGACAAUCAGGCAACAAAUACUUUGAAGAUAAGAUUACGUCAGCCAUGUAUCGUCAUGCUUUUGAUAAGUAUGCUGUAAACCUUCAAAACUACCAAAUCCAUGUUCAAUAUGCCGAUAGCAAUAAGAACUGUCUUAAGCUAUAUGGUCAUAAAAUGCCAAUCAACUCCUUUGACAUCUCAUCAGAUGAUGCUCUUCUGGUAUCUGGAAGCACAGACAAAGAUAUCAGAUUCUGGGAUAUGGAUUUCGGCCACUCAAUUAAAACCGUCUUCGCUCAUAGUGAGCCAGUAACAGCUGUUAAAUUCAUCCACGAAACCCAUUAUGUCAUCACUGGCAGCAAGGACGGUCAUGUUAAGUUCUGGGACGGUGAUACUCAUCAACUAAUUAUGGACUUGGAAGAAAAUAUCCUCGAAAUUAGAUCAAUUGCCAUCACCACAGCAGGAGACUAUAUUAUCGCUGGAGGCCUCGAUGGUGGCUUCAGGAUCUGGAAGCAGACCAACGACCAAACCAUAGCUGGCGACCAAGAGGAAAAGAAUAUGGAUAAGGUGAUGAUCGAGGAGUACGCAACUGAAAAGUUCAAAGAAAGAGAGGUGAAGACAAGGUAUGAAGAUUUGAAGCACGGAGAGGAAAUAAUCGAGGCUCUCGAGAAUAACGAACAGCCAUCAUUUGUCCUAAAACUCAUCAAAAAAGUUUCGCCAGCCAACCUCAAGAGCACCCUAUCUUUCCUUCACGCAUCCCACGUCAACAAGCUUGAAUCGUAUCUCAGGUUUUCAAUCAAAGAAAAGCACGAAAUCGAGCUAUGCUGGAGAAUCAUUGAAGCACUUGAUAAGAGUAGCGACCUUGGACAGGAAUUGAGGAAAGAAUGGGAAGCUUUUAGCAAAGUUUUAAGAGUGAACAGAGAAAGCUUGAAGAUUUUACUAAGAUCACUUCGGGAGUAA